UUGUUUUUCAUAGUUCAGGUAACUGUGAAAAUGAGUCAGAGGUUUUGAAGCAGCUGAAUCGUUGUUUGAACUAUCAAGAACCGUAAGUUAUACAUGGAAAAAUACACAAAACAUAAACAUUAUUAGCAUAUUUUUAAGUGUGAUUGCAUGACUAAUUUAAAAGCCAACCGUAGUUGUAUUUCAUUUGACCUGAGUUUGUGAAUGCAGACCACAGAGUUUGUUGGUCACCAAAUGUUUUUGACUCUGCACCCGCAGUCAGUUUUCUGGGCAGCAUCUGUGAGGGCCAGGCUUGUGCUGCCAUUGCACCAUUCCAGUCAUGCAGCUAAACAAACAGGCCCUGGGCCCUUAUUGGUCCAGGGACUCCAGAGGAAUUUGUGGUGCUCCUGAUCUGCCCUCAGCUGAAGGAAUUUGUGUGAUUUUGCGCGUCUGCUCUCGCUUCUUCUGCAAGUCGUCUUCUUGUUUCUGCAGAGCUUUCUCUGUCCUGAACUACCUGAACUACGAGUUUACACACCGCUUUGGACGUCAGCAGAUCAGUGAUGAUUUUGCUGAAGUUAUCUGAGUGGAAGUGGAGGCUGGUGCUGAGCGCCCUCCUUGUUUGCGCUGUAGUCUUUGAGUCGGAUGCCAAAGAAGAGAAAACGACUCGUGGAAGAAUGUCGACACCAAAGAAAGCAACAAAUAAAAGGCAAAGAGCUGAGAUGGUUAAAGAAAAGAUCAAACCUGCAGCUGCAGCUCACACCAAGACGUCACUCACACAAGUUCUUGGCAGAGGUGUUUUUAAGAAAGUGGGAGAGACCCUGAGCGUGCAGACAGGAAACACACUGAGCCUGAGGUGCAGGGGCAAACCUGUGCAGUGGAGCGUCCCCCCGUACGUGGAGGAGGACGACGGACGGCUUGUGAUUGUCCAACAAGAACGCUUUAGCCUCCUGACACUAGUCAACACAACUGUUGCGGACACAGGGGAGUACACCUGUUUUCCCAUGUAUUGUGAAGACAAAGACUGCAGGAGGGAGUACAGCAAAGCUAUCAAAGUCUUCAUCUUCUUCCCAGACCCACGAGAGUUAUUCAUCCCGUCAUCCAGCCACUACGAAAUGAUCCAGCUGAGAAGCAACUGGCCAACAGUCCUCCCCUGCCAAGCGACAUCGCCUGAGGCGAAAGUCACCCUGCACCGCGAGUUCCCACCGGGGGAAGUGUCGGUGGACGGGACGGAGAUCUCCUUCAGCAACAGGAAGGGCUUCACCAUCCAUCGGCCGCGGCCGCAUCACGCCGGAGUGUUGCACUGUGUGGCUGCUCUGGGAAACCUGAGGCAGAGCUCCACCAAGUAUAUCCUCAUCUAUGUCAACUACCCCAUGGCUCCUCCUGCUCCAGUGAUCCAGGCAUCAUCAGGCUCGGUGGCUGUGGGGGACAACCUGCGUGUGGCCUGCAGUGCAGUGGGAGAACGGGACGUUUUCAUAGAGUUCAGCUGGGAAUACCCAGGACAGCAGAUCGGGAGGCCUCUGUACACAGAGGGGACGGCGAUCCCGGUCCAUGGAGAAGCAUCUCGGCAGCAGUUUCAGUCCGUUCUCCAGGUGGAUGAGGUGAGGGACGUGGACCAGGGGACGUACACCUGCACUGCCCAGAACCUUCAGGGAGCCAACUCGGUGUCCACCACUGUCAAAGUUGUCCCCAAAAUUAAGAAACUGCCGGUGUGACGCCCAGCUGGACGGCAUCGCUGAGGGGGACAGGGACUGUAGAUCACAGCCGUGUCUUACCCUGUCAGAGAAUGAGAAGUGAAUUAGUCAAAAACGGAGAAACAUAAACCACAACGUUCUCCUUUGGAGGCUGUGAGUGAUGAAAUCAUGGUGCAACAUAGAUGCUAGAUGAGUAUCAAUUGCUCGAGGUCGGAUAAUAAAUAAUAAAACAUUUUACACCAAAA